GUCCCUCCCCUUUGCCCUGAUCGUUUGGAGCUGUUGGGAUUGAGUAAUAAAUUAAUUGUUAGCUAGCGACCUGUAUCAAUAACCUUACUAAAUAUUUACUAUUUAUUAUCGGCAAUAAGGGUUACUCCUGUCUGUGGUAUGAAAAGGUAGCUCUGGCCAUCUCGCCUGAAGUUGUGAUCAGAAAGCUGAAGCAUGGAUUCGCCUCAGGACGACUUCUCUCCACUCAAACGCUUUGUAGUGGCCAAGAAAAAGAUAAGUGACGUGUUUGAUCAACUGCUGGAGUAUGUGAAGGAAGGUUCUGUGUUUGUAGAAGAAACUUGUCGGAAUGACGCCUUAGAGAAUAUUGCAAGUCGGGAGCAACAGGAGCAGAUUCGGGCGUAUGCCGGCAAACUGCAAACUAUAAAAGAUGUGCUGGCGCGCAGACACAUGAAGGUGGCCUUCUUUGGCAGGACGAGUAAUGGGAAGAGUACAGUGGUGAAUGCCAUGCUGAGGGACCGGGUGCUGCCCAGUGGCAUGGGUCACACCACCAACUGCUUCCUGAGUGUGGAGGGCACGGACUCGAACAAUGCUUACCUCAAGACGGAGGGCUCAGAGGAGGAGAAGAGCAUCAAGACUGUGAACCAGCUGGGUCACGCGCUGCACAUGGACCAGAGUCUGGAUGCAGGCUGCCUGGUCCGAGUCUUCUGGCCCAAGACCAAGUGUGCCCUGCUCCGAGACGACCUGGUCCUUGUAGACAGCCCUGGAACAGAUGUCACCACACAGCUGGACAGCUGGAUCGACAAGUUCUGCCUGGAUGCUGACGUCUUUGUGCUGGUGGCCAACUCUGAAUCAACCCUCAUGAACACGGAGAAGCAUUUCUUCCACAAGGUGAACGAGAAGCUCUCCAAACCCAACAUCUUCAUUCUCAACAACCGCUGGGACGCCUCAGCCAAUGAGCCGGAGUACAUGGAGGAUGUUCGAAAGCAGCACACGGACCGCUGCGUCAACUUCCUGGUGGAGGAGCUGAAGGUGGUGGACCGGGAGCAGGCGCCCAACCACAUCUUCUUUGUGUCAGCCAAGGAGGUGCUCAACUCCCGCAUGCAGCGCGCCCAGGGUAUGCCAGAGUCUGGUGGAGCUUUAGCCGAAGGUUUCCAGGAGAGGCUCAAGGAGUUCCAGAGUUUCGAGAGGAUAUUUGAGGAGUGUAUCUCGCAGUCAGCAGUGAAAACAAAGUUUGAGCAGCACACUAUCAGGGCCAAGCAGAUCACUGAAACGGUCAAAGCCAUCAUGGACGCCAUCAACAUCAAGGCAGCAGAGAAGAGAGUGGCCUCAUUGGAGGACCGUGAGUACCAGAUUGACCGUCUGGAGUUUGUGACGAACCAGCUCCAGCUGCUCAUAGAAGACAUCAAGAAGAAGAUCAAGGCUGUCACAGUGGAGGUGGAGAGCAAGGUGUCCAGCGCCAUGGGCGAAGAGAUCUGUCGUCUCAACGUGCUCAUCGAGGAGUUCCGCUCGGACUUCCACCCCUUGCCCGACAUCCUCAAGCGCUACAAAUCAGAGCUGCUGAGCCACAUCGAGGAGGGCAUGGGUAAGAACCUGGCCUUCCGCUGCUCCAACGCCGUCAACGCCUCUGUGCAGUCCUCCCAGAGAGACAUGAUCGAGAGUCUGCAGCCUCUGCUGCCCCCUGCUGUUCAGAACCAGAUACAGAUGCUGGUGCCCUGUCACAAAUUUGACCUGAGCUACGACCUGAACUGUGCCGCGCUCUGCUCGGACUUCCAGGAAAACAUAGAGUUCCAGUUCUCGAUGGGUUGGACGGCGCUGGUCAACCGCUUCCUGGGACCCACCAACGCCAAUCGGGCCCUUAUGCUGGUCGACAAGAACUUCCCGAUGACGCGCUCCCUGUCCACCACACCCUCCAGCGGACCCUCCAGUGUUGCCGUUGCCCAGCCCCAGGACGCCGCGCUCUCCCAGGAGGACCUGAUGAUGUCCGUGGCCACCAACAUGGCCUCCCUCGCCUCCCGCACGUCCAUGAGCAUGGUCAUCGUCGGAGGAGUGGUGUGGCGGACGGUGGGCUGGCGGCUCAUAGCCCUGUCGGCCUCCAUGUACGGCCUGCUCUACCUGUGGGAGAAGCUCACGUGGACCACCAAGGCCAAGGAGUGCGCCCUGAAGCGCCAGUUUGUGGACUACGCCACAGAGAAGCUGCAGCUGAUUGUCAGCUUCACCAGUGCCAACUGCAGCCACCAGGUUCAGCAGGAGAUGGCCACGACCUUUGCUCGGCUGUGUCAGCAGGUUGACCUGACAAAGAGGGAGCUGGAGGGAGAAAUCGGCCGACUGACCGCCAAGGUCCAGACUCUGGAGACCGUCCAGUCCCGCUCCAAGAUCCUCCGGCACAAAGCCACAGAGUUGGAGAGGCAGUUGGAGACUUUUACAGACCAAUAUCUGAAUCCCCAUCAUUGAUGGACUGGUCUUCUUCACUGGAGCCUGUCUUGGCAUUGACUCGCCAUGCCUGGACUCCGCUCCCCCUCAGAGAAAAUAUGUCCAUGCUUGAUAGUAUUCCUCCUGGAAUUUCCCCACCUCAAAACAGAUGUUUCUCCAAGAGAUUUGUGGAAGUGUCCAGUCUUCCACACACAUUUAUUGAAGGACUUUGCGGAGAACAAACUGCCUGUUUGUUGAACUAACACAACUGCCUGUUGUGUUACAAACCCAAACUGUGAAUACAGUUCUGAAGUUGGAGACAUAUAACCUGGGCUGUGAUGAGGUUGGGUGCUGUAUCCUGUACAUUGAAACUACUGCUCUUUUAGCUGUGAAUAUGCUUUUUACUCAUGAAGUAAAUGUGUGUUUAGACAAAUGUAGGCAUGUGAUUUUCAUUCAGUGCUGAAUUUGUUCUGGUUCACCCUUGGUACUGGUUCCCCCAGUGUGUAUGUAUACAUACGUACGUGUGUGUGUGUGUGUGUGACAUUCAGAAAGUAUUCAGACAGCCUUAUUCUGAAAUGUUUUUGUUUUGCUUAUCGAUCUACACACAAUACCCCAUCAAGGCAAAGGGUGGCUACUUUGAAGAAUCUCAAAUAUAUUGAUUUGUUUAACACUUUCGAUGUCUUCGCUAUUAUUCAAUGUAGAAAAAUAGUAAAAAAUAAAGAAACCCUUGAAUAAGUAGGUGUCCAAACUUUUAGAACGUGUGUAUUUUUUACAAUGGGGUACCAGUGCCGAAAGGUCAACCAGAACAAAUUCAGCUCUGAAUGGAAAUCGCAUGUCUAAACACUCUCUCACAAACUCAUUUACUUCAGGAGUUAGUGAAAGGCAGACGCAGUUAUAAAAGCUGUUUUUUGUUUGUUUGUUUGUGAGGGACCUUCUUGAAUCCAGCGGCAAUCCAUUUGACUAAAAGAAAAUGCCUUUUCUCUUCAGAAGAAAAAUGACUUAUGGGUCAUGUCUGACUGAGAAAAUACAACACCGUGUAGACAGUCUUAAGAAGCAUUUUGUAGUUUCUCUGCUGUUUGUUCCAUCAUGACAGGUCAAAUUAGUCUCCACUUUUUUUUUUACAAAAGGUUCUUGAAUUAAUUUAAAUACCUCUUACCAGAAUCGAUUAAAAUUAUAUAUUAUGUAAUUGUCUAAUGCUUUUUUUUGUUUUUCAAGAAUAGCAUUCGUUGUAGAAUAAACUCAAAAUGAAACUGAAGGACUCCACUUCUUAGAAGUGGAAAGGGGAUGUACAGUGCCUUGUAAAAGUAUUCAUCCCCCUUGGUGUUUUUCCUAUUUUGUUGCAUUACAACCUAACUUAAAUAUAUUUUGGGGGGAUUUCAUGUAAUGGACAUGUCCAAAUUGGUGAUGCAAAACAAUAACUUGUUUCCAAAAAGUUAGUGGGUCUUGCAUAUGUAUUCACCCCCUUGCUAUGAAUCCCCUAACUAAGAUCUGCUGCAACCAAUUACCUUCAGAAGUCACAUGUUUAGUUAAAGUCCACCUGUGUGCAAUCGAAGUGUCACGUGAUCUCUGUGUGUGUAAUAUAUAUAUAUUACACACACA